GUCGAAGUACAAGUCCAAAGCAUAUUCAUAAAUUCAGUGUACCACAACAACCAACUAAAGUUACAGAAACAAAUUAUUUUAGUUUUCCAAAUGUUCCUAUCCACAGAACACCUAAACAUUAUCGGCCUUUAGCUAUGGGUUCAGAAAGCCGACGAUGGCCAAUCAGACAAAGGUAUUACUCCGCUCAUGCUAAUCCAUAUGAGAAUCUUUCAUUACCAGAAAUACAGAUAACACGAAACAGUAGUUUAUCAGACAAUGAACGUCAAUUUCAAGUAUCCGAUCAACAUCAACAAUCACAAUAUCCUUAUCAGAAUAUACGUGGACCAAUUCGGCCAAUUCGAUCACGUUUUAUGGAUACCAGACGACAUGGUUCACAUGAUCCUCAAACACUACAUCAUGAUCCAGCAUAUUCACGACAAAUGAUCCCAGCUGAUGCAACUUCUGCAUCAGGAUCAAAAAGAUCUCUUUAUCAUAAUAUGCCAUCAUUACCAAAUAAUCAACAUGAGCAUAAAUUGUCUUUAAAUCAAGUCAAUACUAAAGGUUACCGAUCAGGGGAUCAAGGAUAUGAUCCUGCAUUAGUGAAAAGUGGUAACCUCAGACAGCCUGUUGGAGCACCACAUCAUCAACAACAACAACAACAGCAAUUAUCAUCACAGUAUUCAAGGUCUGGGAAGACAUUUACACAAGAUGAACAACAAUAUAACUUGAUACAAAGACAUUCUAAUGAAGACUAUCCAGUUCGAAUGAUGCCUGGUGAAUCUAAACCAAUCCAAGUUGUAGUCGCACUGUAUGAUUAUGAUCCAGCUACUAUGUCACCAAAUAUUGACGGUGUACAAGAGGAAUUACCAUUUAGAGAAGGUCAACUAAUUAAGAUUCUUUCUGAAUGUGAUGAAGAUGGAUUCUACCUUGGUGAAUGUAACGGUCUACGAGGAUUAGUUCCAUCUAACAUGGUGUCAGAAUUAGAAGGUGAUCUGUCAAGAGUACAAAAAUACAACCAUUCUCUUGAUCCUCGUACAAAUCUGACAGAAUCAAAUUUUAUCCCAUCUGGUCAAAUGAGUAAAACACGUUCAGUGGAUAUUCCAUCACAAGGUCAAGGCCAAGGACAAGUCAACGCAUCUAGUAAGAACUAUUACAUGAGUAGAACACAUGAUCGGAUGAUUCCACAAACUCAUUCUGCACCAAGGAAUUUGGACAUGGUGAAUGAGCAUACAUUCCAUCCAAGCGCAACAUUACCCAAUUAUUCUGAAGUCAAAGAUAUCUAUCCAGAUGAAAUGACAGCAAUGGAUAGUAAUCUUCAAUCACAACAGGCUCAAUCGAAAUACACCGAUUCUAUGCAUACACCACGUACACUACAGAAUAAACCAUUGGAAAAAGUUAAACAUCCGCCAGAUCAGGAAGCCAGAAUUAUGACUGCCAUAUAUGAUUAUGAUCCACAUGUAUUAAGUCCAAAUGCAGAUAUUGAUGCUGAGCUGUCAUUUAGGUCAGGUGAACAAAUCACUGUCUUUGGUGAUAUGGAUGACGAUGGAUUUUAUUAUGGUGAGACUAGAGAUGGUCGUCGUGGUCUUGUGCCUUCAAAUUUUUUACAAUCUUGUACAAAUGAAAUAAGCUUUUCAAGUAAACCAAACAGUUCAUCAGUCUUUCCACCAUCACAAAUGUCUUCUACAAAUCCACGUGACCAUGACAGGCAAAAAAUGCAGACCAGCAGGAUGGUUUCAAGUAGUCGAGACCAAGGCCAUGGAAGUGAAUAUAAUAAUAGUCAGCCAGUAAGAAUACAAAGUCAGUCGAAUCCACCACCUUAUCAAGGUUCUAAUUACAUUAGGAAUACAAAGUUAGAGACAGUGUCAACUAGUGAAAAGGAAAGACUUGCCUAUAAUCCACAAUCUAGUUCACCACGUUUACAAACUAAUCGUCCGUAUAGUUCUACCAAUGAUGCUGAAGUUAUAGACAAUAAUUUUAAAUCCCCUAAUCAUCCUCGUGAUGAUUAUAAUCGUAAUGGGAUUGGACGAUUUCCAGAAAAUGAAGAAGAAUCUGUUAUUGUCAUGGAUUUAAAUCCAUAUCCAAAUAAUCCACAUGGUAUUGAAUGAAGACGUUUUCACCUUGCUCUGUCUGCGCCUGAACUAAUCUGUCUAUCUGCUCGUCGGACCUUCCGACUUAGUAAAGCACGCAAAUAUCAAAAGACAAAGGCUGGACUGUGACUGUGUAUUGAAGUGCAACAACGAUAAAGAAAGCCAUGGUAUUUAUACAUUUUACAACAAUAUGGACAGCUAACAACAUUUGAAAUAAUUUAUCUUAAUAGCCAAUAACAAAGUGCGUGAGAGAUGAUAAUAUACCAUAUGUGCGAGGUUGACAGUCAGUAACAAAAUG